AUGUCAACACCAAUAUAUCAUCCUAGCGGCUUACUGGGGUCACCGUUUAUAUUUGAAGAGAACGGGCUUUAUAUUCUUCUGUCCGAUCGUGGUGACAAGAGUUACACAUUCCACUGGGGCCUCUAUCUACAUCAGGCUACAAGUUCGGGCUUUAUCUAUCAUCUGGUCAAUACGGUCAACUCAACCACUUGGCGCUUCGAGCCAAAACCAAACCAGAAUAUUGCGAAUUCCCAGGGAUUGCUGGUGGCCCUGAAGAUAGGAGUACUGGACUCUUGUCUCCACCAGCAUUUCCUUGACCGUCUCUAUCAGGUUCCAAUCGCCGACUCAGUCCGAUUCCGCGAAAGGAUCACCUGUCGAGUAUGGCUCAAAGAGGCACUCCAUGCGUUGGAUGAGGAAGGCUAUAUCAAGUUGACUCGGAGUGUCAAUGUAAUCGAAACCGAGGCGACUACCCUAGCGAUCCAGAACAAGAGUUUGGGCAGGAGGAUGGUUGCUCGAAGCAAUGGAAGCCAAGUUUGA